GAGAUAACAAAAAUGAGCUAAAGCUACAGCACAUGGGGGGCCACCCUCGAAACUACGGAGAUAAUGAAAUCGUGCUCAAUUUCUUUAUAAUCCAAAUCGGAACCUACCUUUUCCUAUACUAUUCUACGCUCCUUCUUGGGCUCUCUAGCUCCAAAAUCAAACCACACAUCAGUCAUGGCGGUUCCCAACUCCAUCAGUCAUUCCCUUGCCAUGGAAAGAACUGGCAAUUGGGUUUUCUCCCAAGAUAUGCCAACAGAUGUUGUUGUUGAAAUUGGAGAAGCAAAUUUUUCUCUCCACAAGUUUAUGCUUGUGGCGAAGAGCAACUACAUCAGAAAGCUGAUAAUAGAGUCUGAAGAAAGUGAUCUUACCAGAAUCGAUCUUUCUGAUAUUCCUGGAGGGCCUGAGAUCUUCGAGAAGGCUGCCAGGUUCUGUUACGGCGUGAACUUUGAGAUCAACGUUCACAACAUCGCCGCUCUGCAUUGCGCCGCCGAGUUCCUCCAGAUGAAUGAUAACUACUGUGAUGGCAAUCUCGCCGGACGUACGGAGGAGUUUCUGUCUCAGGUCGCCUUAACCAGCCUCUCCCGCGCCGUUCUCGUCCUCAAAUCUUGUCAGAGGCUUCUUCCAUUUGCUGAUGAACUCGGUAUCGUACAACGGUGCGUGGAGGCUGUGGGUUCCAAGGCUUGCAGCGAAGCUAACUUUCCGAGCCGUUCGCCACCGAACUGGUGGACAGAAGAGCUUGCCAUCCUCGACGUCGAUUUCUUUGGCAAAGUGAUCGCGGCCAUGAAGCAGCGUGGCGCGAAGGCCUUGACUCUGGCCAGCGCGUUGAUUAGCUACACGGAGCGUGCGCUCCGGGAGCUAGUCCGAGAUCACUCCGGCGAGAGCGUUAAGGCAGCAAAUCUUGGCGAUUCCGAUUCCGAUUCCCAGGCUGAAAAACGCCAGCUUCUCCAAUCCAUUGUCUCUCUCUUCCCCUCGGAGAAAGCAGCCUUCCCGAUCAAAUUCCUCUGUUGCCUCCUCCGGUGCGCGAUCUUCCUGGAGGCCUCGAGCAGCUGCAAAAAGGAGCUCGAGAAGCGGAUCUCCGACAUACUCGAGCACGUCACAGUGGACGACCUCCUGGUGUUAUCGUUCACCUACGACGGCGAGAGGCUACUCGAUUUGGACAGCGUCAGAAGGAUCAUCUCAGGGUUCGUCGAGAAGGAAAAGAGCACAGCGGUUUUCAACACCGGCAACUUCAAGGAGGUUUGUUCAACCGCAACUCAGCGCAUUGCCAAGACAGUCGAUGCCUACCUAUGCGAGAUCGCAACCUACGCAGAGCUCACCAUCUCCAAGUUCAAUGGCAUUGCCGUUCUCAUCCCCAAGAGCGCACGAAAAGUCGACGACGACCUCUACCGCGCCGUGGAUAUCUACCUCAAGGCACAUCCGAAUUUGGAUGAGAUAGAGAGAGAGAAGGCGUGUAGCGUGAUGGACCCUCUGAAACUAUCGUACGAGGCGCGCGUGCAUGCGUCGCAGAACAAGAGGCUACCGGUGCAGAUCGUGCUGCACGCGCUGUAUUACGACCAGCUGAAGCUAAGGAGCGGGGCGGAGGACAACGUGGCGCACGAGGCGAAGAAUCAGGAGCUGCAGACGGACGUGACGUUGGUGAGAGAGAACGAACAGUUGAGAUCGGAGCUGACGAAGAUGAAGAUGUACAUCACGGACUUGCAAAAGAACGUUCAGGGAGGGUCGUCGUCCGGUACCGGAGGCCUCACGACGACGAAGAAGCCGACGUUCUUCUCUUCCAUGUCCAAGAAGUUGAGUAAGCUCAACCCAUUCAAGCAGGGGUCGAAGGAUACGUUACACUUGGAUGAUGGGCCUGGGCCUGUGGACGUCACUAAGCCCAGGAGAAGAAGAUUCUCAAUCUCAUAAUUUUUUUGAAAAAAUUAUUUUAUGUUAUCUACAAGUAUGGACUAUAUAUAAUAAUUAAUUAAUUAAUUAAUAAGCAGAAUAUAAAAGUUGUUUAAAUUGCUGGUGAGGGCUUCUCAAGUGAUUGUUAUUGUGUAAGACUUUAAUAGAUAUAGUUAUUGUAUAUAUUUUUUUAAUAUAUUGAAAAAUGGAAAGGAUAUUCAUCCCUCA